GGCGUUUAAGAAGGUUCCCCGGAUGAAGUUGUGAUUGACGCUACACGGCUAGAAAGUUGAGCUCUAGUCGAGAGGUGGUUCUGCAGCCCGUGUGGUAGGUUGGUCUUAGGAAGGCAGAAUGCAGACUAUGAAGUGUGUAGUGGUGGGGGACGGUGCCGUGGGUAAAACAUGUCUCCUCAUCUCCUACACCACCAACGCUUUCCCCGAGGAGUACAUCCCCACCGUGUUUGACAACUACAGCGCCCAGAUGACGGUAGACGGUCGCAGCAUCAGCCUCAACCUGUGGGACACAGCCGGACAAGAGGAGUACGACCGCCUCCGUACUCUCUCAUACCCCCAAUCCAACGUCUUCGUCAUCUGUUUCUCCAUCGGGAGUCCUUCAUCCCACGCCAACGUCCGCCACAAGUGGCACCCGGAGGUGUCUCACCACUGCCCCAGCGUGCCCAUCCUCCUAGUGGGGACCAAGAGGGACUUGAGGAAUGAUGGGGAGACUGUGAAGAAGCUGAAGGAGCAGGGUUUAGCUCCCACCACACAGCAACAGGGGAACAGCAUGGCUAAGCAGAUAGGAGCGGUGAAGUACAUGGAGUGUUCUGCUCUGACGCAGGAAGGGGUCAGGGAAGUGUUUACCGAGGCAGUACGGGCCGUGUUGUAUCCCGUUACCAAAAAGAAUGCCAAGAAGUGUGUACUGUUGUAAUGAAAUGGGUUGGUGACUGGGACUUCGGGAGGAGGGGACUAAGGGAGGGACACGGAUGGAGAGAGUAAGGAGAAAAGAAGGGACAGAGACUAUGACGGGGAGCAAGUUUGAGUUUGUUGGAGGAGAUGGACUCAGGCCCCUCUGCCUGUAAAAACUCUUGAUUCAGCUCACUUCUCUCCUUCCUCCAGUAGCCUCAAAAUCACAUCAGGACCUCAAAGCCAGUUCCACUGCAUUUAUUUUGUUCCUUCUUACUCUCUAAUCAGGGACUGCUUUAGACCUGGGACACCAGGUGGGAGCAAUUAAUUAUCAGGUAGAACUGAAAACCAGUUGUAGUCUGGACCUCGUAGGGUCAGAGUUGAAUCCACUUCUAAUUGUAUCACCAAAGUGACUAUGCCAACAGAGCUGCAGGGGAGCAUCUAGUCGCUCUCCUCCCAGUCUGCUCAAACUCCUGUUAACAUUAUCUCUUGAUAUCACUUGAUUUUUGUAGCAAUGUUCGAAAAGAUGCUUUUGCCUUAGAAACCAGAGCUGGAAAUAGCCUAUAGGUUUUGGGCAUCUUGUUUUGUGCAGCUCUCGCCUUUAGCUAGGUGUCCAGUUUGCCUUCUUAAUUUACCUUCAAAUGACCCUUCUUAAUUUACCUUCAAAUGGACAUUAGCCUAAUCCAAUUAUGAUGCAAGGGCCAAAUCAACGGGUUUGUGAGCAGACGUUUUAUAAUCAAUGAAUCGAUUGGUUGGCUGAAUGUUGUGAGUUUUUAUGAUUAAUGCUGACAAGAAUGAUGGAACGACAGAGAUAUCAGAUUGUUGGUUCCUGUUAGUUUUGCCAAUUACAUUUUAUGUGCCUUAUUGUAUGAUAUCUCAAUUUUUAAUUUACCUUUUUUAUCUAGAUGUAUAUGCUUUAGAUCCCAAAACGAUUGUAUUAGAAAUAUGUUGAAUAGCUGGUGUGUGUGUGACACUACUCUCUGGGAGUAACUCAACAUUACAUCCUAUCAGAAGAACCAAAGCUUCUUUCUGAAAGUGCCAUGAAACAAACGUUUUGAUUUUACACGAUGUUUCUUCCCUUUCGGGCCUACUCGGAAACGGAUGUAGCCCUAUAACUGACAUCAGAGAAGUGGUGUGGGUGUUGUGGUGUGAGCUUGUGUUCACAGUCUUUAGCGUUUGCCACUAGAAUGUGAUUUAUGCUACAACCUAUAUGAUGCUGGUAAAUGGACGAUGGGGUUUACAGGCUAUGUGAUAACUGACAACUACAGCAGGAAGUAGGGCUCAGAUUCCGGUAACUGUACAUUAUCUAGGCUUCUCUUUUUAUUUCUGCAUGGCUUUAUUAAAUGAAUGGGUGGUUUUAUAGUCUGGAUAGGGUAUCAUAUUGAAGAUGUACAGCGCCAAACCUUCUGAAGAUCUAUUUCAGGGUGCGUCACAAAUGGCACACUACUCCCUUUCUAGUGCAUUAAAUAAGUAAUCAGGGUGCCAUUUGGGACUCAUUAUGAAAGCCUAAACCAAGAGAGCAAUAAACCUCAUUCCUGUUUUAUUUAACAAAUAUAUAUUUUUAAAUCAAUUUAUUCAGGUGAUCAGCUGUUAGUUUGAAUGUAAACUAAAUCGUAACCGGUCAUGGAACUUCUCUUCUAGGUAAGGAGAGAGAUGGAAAUUAUUACUUGUGUGGGGGGGGGGGGG